GCACACAGCUUUCAACGAUUCAAGAUAAUUACUUGUUAUACAGUAUACGUGUCCAACAAUGGAGUUGCAUUGUUCCAAUAAAAACACACCCAAAUUUUAUUUUAAACAAAAAUCAAACCUUUUUUCUUCCCCAAUUAAAAAAAUCGUAUAUCAUUUUUAUUUUCUCUCUCCCUCUCGGGGAUAAAAUAGAAUCAAAGUCAUUAUAGAGGUCUGGAUUUGGAUUCUACUCCUCCAGUUUUUCCAAACUUUCAACUGGUGAGAAGUGUUCAUUUUCUCCUUCUCUUCUAAUACUGAUAUUCUGCGUUAUUUCUUGCUGUUCCCUUUUUUGUUUUUUGUUUUUUUGUUUUUUUGAGCGAAUGGGAUCUUUAGACUUGUGAUGUUGGUUUAUAUUUACAUGGGGUUUGUCGUUUUGGUUGGAAGAAGAACAAGGAGGAGGGGGUGGUAGAAGAUUCGUUCGUUUUGGAUCGGAUUUUGGUGGGUUGCCUUGGAUCCAGGAAACUCUCAAGUUUUAUGUGAAAAAAGAGGCGAACCCUUUUGGGGAUUUCUUGUGAUUUCACUUUAUCUUAGAUCCCUCCACCUGUCUCCUUCGCGGGGUUUUUUCUCUUUAUUGGAUAAAGUUGAGAGAUCCUCGUUUUUCUCAGUCUCUGUGUAUAUAAGAACUGAUAGUGGAGAAAAGAUUGUUGAUAGUUGGCAGUUCUUAUCAGAAGGGGAAGAAUUUGAGAGAUGGUGUGUGAAGUUUUGGUGGAAUUCCUUCUUUUGUCAUUGCUUUAGUUUGAUUUAUUGCAAGGUUAGAUCCACUGUUCCUAAAUAGAUCUGUGGAGUAAGGGACUGCUUUCUUCUGAUUGUUUUGAGCUUACACUAUUGAAUACUCUGUAAUUUGGUUGUGAACUUUUGUUAUUGACAAUUUUUUGUGGGUUUAGGAAGUGGUAGUAGUUAAACCAGCUUAGUUUUAUCUCAAGUAUGACUGGUAAAAUGUUGUAAGAGGGGAAGAUGGUUUGCCAAAUGAUGUGGUUGUAGAGAAAUUGGAAGAUAUUUUAGUUAAGAUUUAAGAAUGAUGGAAGAGAUGUCUCCUGCAGUUUCUUUGACUCUUAGUUUGGGUAAUCCAAAGUCUGAUAGCUCAGGAAGUCCGGGCCAUGUCGAAUUCACUCGGCUAAAGUUGGUAACAGACACUGUAAAUUUAUUCUCUGCAUCGUCCCCCGAUUCGGGUUCGAUUGGCAAGGGUAGUUGCCAUGAUUUUAAUGGUAUAGUCGAUGGUGUAACUGUGUCAAAAUUGACUGACAGUGGUCAAGGUAGAGAUAGUUUUUGGGGGUUGUUACCGGAGAAUGGCACGAAUUUGACUGCAGAUAAGGGAGGUUCAACCUUAUCUACUAUGGAUGACACUGACGAAAUGAUAGAUGAUGGAUUGUUCGCUAUUGAUGGCACUUCAAAAAUUAAUGUGCAAGAAGUUGUCAAAAUUGGAGAUGUUAGCAAUGGUCAUAUUGUUGCCAAGGCUAUUAUCUUAGUGGAAUCAAGAAAGAUUCCUACCAGCGAAAUCAUCGUGGCGACGGUAAGCCCAGAUUUAGAAGUAUCCGCUAAGUCGGAGUUGAAUGCCCCUGCAGUAGUUUUCCGAUCGAAAGGGGAGGAAAAUGUUCAUAAAGGCGCUCGUAGUGUCUUUGAACUAGAUUGUAUUCCCCUUUGGGGUUCUGUAUCGAUUUGUGGUAGAAGACCGGAGAUGGAAGAUGCAAUUGCUGCUGUUCCUUGUUUUACCAAGAUUCCUAUCAAAAUGCUCGUAGGCAAUGGUUUGGUUAAUGGAAUGGGCCAAAGUUUAACACAUCUCAACAGCCAUUUCUUUGGUGUUUAUGAUGGACAUGGGGGCUCUCAGGUUGCUGAUUAUUGUCGAGAGCGAAUACAUUUGGCAUUAGCUGAAGAGAUAGGAAGAUUUAAACAAAAUCUAAGCACUGAAGAGAACUGGCAGCAGGAUUGGGAGAGAACCUUUAAUAAUUGCUUUUUGAGGGUUGAUGAUGAAAUAGAAGGAAAAGUUGGUGGAUCAGUCAGUGGAAGCGAUGGAGAUGUUUCCGAUGCUAGCUUUGAAUCUGUUGCCCCGGAAACUGUUGGCUCUACUGCUGUUGUUGCCUUGGUCUGUUCGUCUCACAUCAUAGUUGCAAACUGUGGCGAUUCAAGAGCAGUCCUAUGCCGUGGCAAAGAACCUAUGGCGCUUUCAGUCGAUCAUAAACCAAAUCGGGAAGAUGAAUAUGCUCGGAUCGAAUCAUCUGGAGGCAAAGUCAUCCAGUGGAAUGGACACCGCGUAUUCGGAGUUCUUGGAAUGUCAAGAUCCAUUGGUGAUAGAUAUCUGAAGCCAUGGAUUAUUCCCGAUCCAGAAGUCAUGUUCAUUCCUCGCGCAAAAGAAGACGAAUGUCUUAUUUUAGCCAGUGAUGGACUGUGGGAUGUGAUGACGAACGAGGAAGUCUGCGAAGUGGCUCGAAGGCGGAUUCUGCUUUGGCACAAAAAGCAUGGGGCAUCAUCUCUCGCCAAUCGGGGCGUGGGGGUCGACCCAGCUGCACAAGCAGCAGCAGAAUACCUCUCUAUGCUUGCUCUCCAAAAGGGAAGCAAAGACAACAUCUCUGUGAUUGUAGUGGACUUGAAAGCUCAAAGAAAGUUCAAGACCAAAUCUUGACAACAAAUAGUUGGCCAAACCGAGCCAAACCAAACCGAACUUACCCGCCAAGUCCAUAUGUCAAGAGACACRGUAUGUUCUGCCACAUUGCAUCUCGUUCCAUUCGUACUCUCUCUCACAUAUAGAAAUCUGUAUAUGUAUCAUAGAACGUUUCUGAUGGAAAUCCAGCAGAAAAAAGAAACAGCAUGUGUAAUGAAGUUCUAAUCUAUGAUUUUGGACUGCACCAUACCAAUACUUGAACAUGAACUGCCCAUAUGUAUAGGUAGAGAAUUUUGGGAUUUCCUGAUACAGUUUCUUUCUGUGAACCUCUUCUUUCUUUGCUUUUUUUCAAGCCAAGUUCAAGAUUUUGGUUCUGCUUUAUAUAACAUUAUAGCCUCUUCCUCUUCUUGAUUACUACUUUUUUCAAUGGUAGGGAAGGGAAUAGGAAUUUCUUUUUCUUCGGGUCAACUUCAAAUUCCUUCACAAGACAGUAACAGUUAUAUUGUAGAUUUAUUAUAUUCAUUUCAUUUGCUUCU